GGCGUUCUCUCGAGCAUUGGAGAAUCCAGAGCACUCUGGAGUCGCAUUCUCAAUCGGAAACCCGCACUGUUCGCGUCGAAGUCGCGCCGGAACGCCGAGAACAAUUAGUCGCAUGAGGAACUGCAGCUGAAACCGCGAGACAAUAGAGCACAAAACACAGCAAAUACCGUACAAAUCAGCAACGUUUAUGGCGCACCAGGAGAAGAGCAAGAACCAGCGCCCCGUCGCCCCCGCCUCCGAUCACAAAAACAACAGCAACACCCAGGAACAGAGCUAACACAAAAUACCUCUUGCUUAUAUAUUUUUGCUACCAUUUUUGUAUGGUUAACACUAAGAAGGCUCCAUUGAUUUGUUGAGCACACUGCCAGAGUUUUCAAGUUUUUCAAGACGUUGCCAGCUGUUUCCACCGCUCUUUGUUUCACCCCUUCCGCCGCGCCGCCCCCUUCGGCCGAAGAAAGCGAGAGCGCGGUCAACGUCCUGCGAAGAGAGCGAGAAAGACGGGGAGAGCGCGCCAAAAGCGAAGGUGAGCGAAAGGACACCGGCAGCCUCUGCUUCUUAGCGGCGAAUUUAAAGUAACUCUGAAGUGGCAAACAAAGUUGUUAGAGAUAAGGCCAGGGGCCGGCAAACGCAGUCGUAAUCAGAAUCAAGGCAAUCCCCCGCGAACCAGAAAAAUAAAGCCAACAUGCGCCUGUUUCCAGUCCGGUUCUCCUCCGCCUCCUCGUCGCUGGGCAGCCUGGCCAAAAUGCUCGACUUCUACUCGGGCUUCAAUCCAUCGCCCCUCUCGAUAAAGCAGUUUAUGGACUUUGGUCAAAAUGCCUGCGAAAAGAAAUCGUACAUAUUCCUGCGCAAAGAGCUCCCAGUACGACUGGCGAAUAUCAUGAAGGAGAUUGCCCUUCUUCCGGAUAACCUCCUGCACACAAGAUCCGUAAGCGAGGUGAGCUCCUGGUAUGUCAAGAGUUUCGAAGAUGUGCUGGUGUACGAGAAGGCCGAACCCACCCACGACAAUCUGCAAAAAUUCGUGGCCGAUUUAGAUCUCAUUAGAAAUCGCCACAACGAUGUAGUGCAAACGAUGGCCCAGGGUGUGAUCGAAAUGAAGGAGAACGAGGGCGGCCAGGUGGAUGCGCCCACCGAGAGCUCCAUUCAGUACUUUCUCGACAGGCUCUACAUGUCUCGUAUCAGCAUUCGCAUGCUGAUCAACCAGCACACCCUUCUCUUUGGAGGCAAUCCGCAUGCGGGUGGCCGUCACAUUGGGUGCCUGGAUCCCGCCUGUGAUCUGUCGGACGUGGUUCGCGAUGCCUACGAGAACGCCCGCUUCCUGUGCGAUCAGUACUACCUGACCAGUCCGGCGCUGGAGAUCCAGCAGCACAGCAGCGAGCCUGGUGAAAACCUGCCCAUCCGCACAGUCUACGUGCCCUCGCACCUGUACUACAUGCUCUUUGAGCUGUUCAAGAACUCCAUGAGAGCGGUGGUGGAGCACCAUGGCCAUGACAACAACGACACAUUGCCGCCGCUAAAGGUGGCCAUAUGCAAGGGCAAGGAGGACAUCUGCGUGAAAAUCUCUGACCAGGGUGGCGGCAUUCCCCGCUCCCAGACCGACCAGCUCUUCAAGUACAUGUACAGCACAGCGCCGCAGCCCUCGAAAUCGGAUCUGCACACGGUGCCUUUGGCGGGCUAUGGAUAUGGUCUGCCGAUCUCAAGGCUGUACGCCCGCUAUUUCCACGGUGAUAUUGUGCUGCUCUCCUGCGAGGGAUUCGGCACCGAUGCGAUCAUCUAUCUGAAAGCUCUGUCAGACGAGGCCAACGAAUUGCUGCCGAUCUUCAACAAGACAAGCUCAAAGUUCUAUCGUGCCACCGUGCCCACGGGUGACUGGUCCAAUCAGGUAAAACCCGCUAAAAAGAAGAAGACGAGCGCCGUCAGCCAGUAGACGUGUGAAAAUGCCAAAAGCAAAAAUAUAAAAAAAAGAAUAAUGAGAUGAAAAUGAAACGAACCCGCCUGGCUGUGUAAAGAGUUUGCGCCACCCUGCACCAAUUGAAUUCAAUCCAAUCAACCCAAUCCCAGCAAGCAAGCAACCCACUCCCGCAUCCGCAACCCAGUCAAGUGAAAAGUGUUUAUUUAUUGUUUAAUAUUUAAUGUUAAUGUUAAAUACGACUUUGUUUGUAUAUGCCCCACAACUCCCCCAACCCGAAUAGCUUUCAAAAACUUCUUUCUACAGUGUCAUUUAACAUUGACAUUCCACAGACAUUUUUGCCCAUCUCGGAGCGGGCUGAAGUUCUGUUUAGUUUAUUUUUGUGGGGAGCGAGUGGCGCAGAGCCCUUGGCUUUAAAGUUACGUUUAUAGCAAUUAAAUCCGAUACAUAUUUAUAUACACCUACCUAUAUACACGAAAAACAUUUAUACUCUAAAGUAAAAGGAUGUUUUGAAACAUUUACGAAAUUAGCUUUAAUUUGCGGAUUUUAUUUAGGCUACAGCCCGAACUGCAUGCAUUGUUAAAAUACAUUUAUCUUUUUGAGCGCAUUAUUUAGUUAUAUUGGCUAAGUUAUACAAGUUUUAAACAAAUAAACUGGAAAGUGUACACCAAAACUA